UGCACUUGGAUUACAAGCUGCUGAAGUGAAACAGCGUCUGCGCCUACGAAAAAAAUCUUAGGUGCCAUAAAACAGUGACGUGUUUCGAGUGGAUAUUCUUAUCAGAAUAAAUGAAACGCGACAUGCAGCAAAAUCAUCCCACUUAUUAAAGUCACAGACGAUGGAUUUCAGUUGGAGAAAGUGAAGCGCAAAGCGGAUUUAGGCUACAUUCACGACCAAGACACGAAAAGUAAUCAGGAUCAGAAAGCAUGCGUUGGCAAGAGAUCCCAUGGCUUUUGAUAUCAUUUAUAUCGAGUAUAACAGUCGCUGGAGCAACGGAGCUGAAAGCCAAGCCUACCGCAGACUUCUCACUCACUCCUGUCAUGAUGGCAGUGGAGGGAGAGAGACAGAUCAUGACUCAGUCUCAGUAUAAAUGUCUGGAGCUUCUAGGCCAAGAUGGACCCCAUAAUAAAACAGGUUUCUUCUGUAACAGAUUUUGGGAUGGCUUGCUUUGUUGGGACGAAACCCCAGCUGGAGCCUACGUCUCUCAGAGCUGUCCAGACUACCCCAGCUUUGACCCCUUGGAAAUAGUAACCAAAUACUGCGAUGAAUCUGGCAAUUGGGUACACGGUUCUUCCGUCAAUAAAAGCUGGUCCCAUUGUCUAACAUUCUCAAAGGACAAAGUAAAGACACUGCCAGUUCAUGGAUUUUUAGAGACAGAGAUGGAUCCCACAGUCGAGAGUCAGGUCAGCCCUGUAGUGACUCAGAAAGCAGAGGAGAGGAAGAAGAUCAUCGAUGGUCAAUAUAAAUGCUUUGAGAAAAUGAACAGAGACCUGCCAUAUAACAAAUCAGGUCUGUAUUGCAACAGGACUUGGGAUGGCUGGUUAUGCUGGGAUGACACUCCGGCAGGGACACACACAUCGCAGAACUGUCCUAAUUACUUUGUUGACUUCGACUCCACUGAGAAGGUCACUAAAUAUUGCGAUGGGACUGGAAACUGGUUCAGGCAUCCUGAGACGAACAGGACCUGGUCUAACUACACCCUGUGCAUUGCACACACGAAAGACAAACUAAAGAUGGCGUAUAUUUUGUAUUACAUGGCAAUAGUGGGUCACGCUCUGUCCAUCAUAUCGCUCCUCAUCUCUCUGGCCAUAUUCUUCUAUUUCAGGAGUCUGAGCUGUCAGAGAAUCACACUUCACAAGAAUUUGUUCUUCUCAUACGUGCUUAACUCGGCCUUCACCAUCAUCAACCUCAUAACUGUGGUCAACAACCCCAAAGUGGUGCAGAGGAGUCCGAUUGGCUGCAAGGUGCUGCAUUUCUUCCACAUGUACAUGCUGGGCUGUAACUAUUUCUGGAUGCUGUGUGAGGGGAUUUAUCUGCACACUCUUAUCGUGGUGGCCGUGUUUGCAGAGGAACAGCAUCUGCACUGGUAUUAUCUUCUGGGCUGGGGAUUCCCCCUGGUGCCUGCAUCCAUCCACGCUGUAGCUAGGAAAAAAUACUUUGAUGACAACUGCUGGAUGAGUGUGGAGACCCAUCUGCUCUAUGUGGUUCACGGCCCCAUAAUGGCAGCUUUAUUGGUCAACCUGUUCUUUCUAUUGAACAUAGUACGAGUCUUGGUGACGAAACUGAGAGAUACUCACCGGGCAGAGUCCAACAUGUACAUGAAGGCGGUGAGGGCCACCCUAAUUCUCGUGCCCUUGUUAGGCAUUCAAUUCGUCAUUUUCCCUUGGCGGCCGGAGAACCGCCUGGCAGGAGAGAUUUAUGACUACAUCAUGCAUAUUUUAAUGCAUUACCAGGGACUGCUGGUGGCAACCAUAUUCUGCUUUUUUAAUGGAGAGGUCCAGUCAGCUCUGAAGAGACAGUGGAUACAAUACAAAGCGCAGUGGGGUCAGCGGAGACGCGAGCACUGCUCCAUGCGCUCCACGUCGUAUACCGCCACCUCCAUCACCGAGGUGCCCGCGUACAUGUUCCAUCACGACUGCAACAGCGAACACUCGAACUGCAAACAAACAGAAGACUCAGAGCUGGUGGCCCUCAAGACGGGCGAGACGUACGCCUGACAGAUCUGAGUAACACGAACGAUUCGAGAAAAGUCAAACCGGAGGCUCCAUUAAGUGAGUGUUCACAAGCUCCCCCAUCUCAGAGUUCAUGCGCUUGACAACAACAGGACGUCCAGAGUCCGUGUGUCGGCACCAGCGAUUGUGCUGAGAGAUCACCCACCACUUCGUUUCAAUUCUUUACAGCUCUGCUUCUGCGAGUUGAGACGAAAACAACAUUCAGUCACGGGAAGCGUUCCUUUAAGUAUGUCAUGUUAAAGCUGCUAGUUUCGGAAGCUCCUCACAUCCCCUCUGGGCUCUUGACCCCUAAACGGCGAAACUUACUUUGCAGAAACCAAAGGAUGUGUGUUUUACUAAAGCUUCUGGGAUGAGGUUCUCAAGCAGACGGCUGAGACGUCCAUCAGCAAACAAAGGAAAAUUCUUCUGUGCCUGAAUUCUGAGCAUUCAAGUGUCAAAGGGGGUUAAAAAAGGCCUGUCGGACGGCCAUUUUGUAACUAAAUAUAGCUUUGUGUCCGUCUGCGAGCCUCCUGACUGCUUUACUGUUUUCGCAGCUGUACUCUUUUGCCUCAUCUUUGCUUCGAAAGAGGGCGUAGAGGAAAGAGAUGAAGAACGUGGAUAAUUUUAGCAGUGGAUUUAUAACUCGCCGCGAGUACAAAAAUAUAUAUAUUCUGACAAAAAAAGACUAAAAAAUAUAUUCAAUAACGUUACUCAAGUGUUGCAGAUUUGAUUCAAGUCUGAUUUUGUCUAAAGGCAUCUUGUGAGGGUUUUAGAGUGCUGCUUUCCCAACAAGUACGUUCCCAAUGGGCAACCGAAUCUAGUUUGUUCAACGCUCUGGUUUAUUCUAGUUUUCAAGCAGUAAACAAUAAUUCAUGCUUUUGUUACAAGAGUUAAAUAGGAAUGAACAAAAUAGUAAUAACAGAUAAGCACUUUAAAUCAACUCAACAUGAAAACAAAGCGUUAUGACUAUUGCUAUGGCUAGCCUAGAGGAAUAUCAUAAAACGAUUUCUUCUGAAAACCCUCCCAUAUGUUAGUGGUUAUGUAAAGGACAAAAAUGCAGAACAGCUCUUCAUUUUAUUCCCCCCACCAAGGGGUAGACAACUGUGAGAAUAAACAUCAGCUUCAAAUGACCCGUGGGGUGCAUGACAUGACAGACAGAUGUCAAACACACUUCACAUCGGACGAUAACUGAACAAAACAUUAAAUGCACAUGUACAUCUAUAUAGAAAACGUUCAGAGCUACAUGUAUUGAUCAUUGAACACUUUGUUUAAAUAUUAUAUUGAAAAGCUAAUUUAUGGAUUUACGAUAUAGGAAUGUAAAGAGUUUUUCCAGAAGUUGUUUGUAUACAUUUCCUAAUAAUGUGAAUUUGUUUAAUAAGAUGGAAAUAUUAAGAAAAAUGAGAAAUGUAUGAAUAUUCAAUACAGUGACGCUCUGGAAACAAGCUUGAUUAUUUUUCUCUCUCUAUGAAAUGUUUAUUUUUUGUUACAUUGGACUACGACGCUGUAACUUUAUUUAAAACGAAACUUUAAGAUGUACAUAUUGUGUUGUGUCUCCAGAGGUUUGAGGUGAAUUUGUGAGUUGUGUGGAUUUUUUUGGGGUAAUUGUAUUUACCAUGUAAUUGUUUUAGUCUAACAUGACAUUGGCAUCAUGGUGUAUAUAGUGUACUGUCAGUCAGUCAUAAAGCUUCCGUUGUAUGUUUUAAGCUUCUGUUCUUGAUCACGUUUUAAUGUUUAUUGCUAGUGUUCGGGAUGCCAAUGAAGAACUGUUGUGCUUUCAGAAGAAAACAAACUUUUCAUUUUCUCGCUCGAAAUUGAACCAUUUUGAAAAUGUGUCCAUUUAUAUAUGUAUA